AUGCCUCUCUCCAUUGCUGCGGAUCGUGUGCUGCAGGUGCUCGAUCAUUUCUUCCAAGGAAGACGCAUCUUCACUUCCAAAACACUGUCUAACCUCCACAACGCCGGCUCUGAGGUAAAAGUGGCCCCUUCUUAUGCAGAUCUCAUUUUCACUCCACUUACAAAAGCAGCUCCUGCAGCCGCACCGCAGCAGAAGCAGUCUGCUGCAUUGCCCCUACGGACAGACUCAGCUCCCUUAUCCACGACAUCCAGGCAAGAUGCCUGUAACAUGUAA